AUGAAGCACAAUAGUCUUGUCCUCAAGCACCGUAUGCACUUGGCCAAGAACGCUGCUGGGAGCAUUUUCAAAGCUGGCAAGGUGUACAGUGCCGCCUCAAAGGUUCCAAAAGAGGAGUCCGAAAACACAGGCGGAGAUCCACCUGUUUCAGAAGAGCAAGCGCAGGAGGUGGAGGCUGCGUUUGACGAUGCGUUGCCGCUGUUCCUCCAGACUGCCUGGUCCUAUGUCGUAAGGGACAUCGACAAGACGGUCAGGGAGGUGGGGCGGAAGUUUUUGCAGGACAAGUCAGUGCCUUGGCAAAUUCGCAUCCGAAGAGCUCAAGCUUUGCAGCUGCUGGGACAAGUUUUUUCCACACAGGGCGCAAGCGGCAAAACGGCUGGGGCUGGGGCGGCGCCAGAAGGCGGUCCGGAAUCGCAGGCCAAGGCAGUCCUGCAAGAGGCCAUGCUGGGAGCCAUGCGUUGA